CAGAGUGAGUUGGCCAAUUGAAACCGGGUCUAGUUUAGGUCCGAACUUGGUUUGAAAAGCAUUUAUGAGUUAAAUCGAAGAAAAUGGAUAGACCGGAUGACCCAUUGAACCAGUGACGCACGUGCCCUUUCUCUGUUCCCCAACUUCGCAGUUGAUUUCGUUUCUGCCUCGCUCAUCCGAUCACGCAAGACGCUACGCCGCCGAAACCAUCCUUCUUUCUACUGAAAGUAUUGUCAAUUGCGGCGCCUUAGGUAUUGCUCGGUUCUCCGUCCGCUCUUCGCAUUGCCUCACUCUUAGCCGCCGACGCGGAUAGCACCACCCCUGCUUCAAAGUUGUUGGGGAAACUGGAACUAUGCAUAAGCAUGGACUCAGAGCAAGUCUUGCUCUGCGUUCAAUUUCCACUUGUAAAUCUAAGUGGCAUCGUCACCAAUAUAAACCUCCAAUCAAAUUCUAUUCAUAUCACACCACAACAACCACAGGUCCUGGGUUUAUUGAACCUGCAGCAGGAUCGUCUAUGCAACUGCAAAUUAUCAAGGCACUCCGCUCCGGUGACAGAAAAAAGGCUUCCCACUUACUUCGGGAUUUCGGUCGCAGAAGCCAUUCAUUAUCUGUCAAUGAUUUUGUUGAUAUUUUUAAGUACUGUGCACGAUCUCCUGAUCCAAUGUUUGUUAUGGAGAUCUGGAGAUUAAUGGAGUUAAAACACAUUAACAUUAAUAACACAUGUUCAUCUCUUAUGACGCGGGCCCUUUGUAAAGGGGCUUACAUGGAAGAGGCCUUUAGUAUCAUUGAUUUUCUUGGAGAAAAUUGGCGUUUCUAUCCAGGUCUCCCACUGUACAAUAGUAUUUUAAGCUCCUGCACAAAAAUCCAGAAUUUAAUUCAAGCAAGAAGAUGUUUGGACUUGAUGGAAAAGCAAUUGGUAGGAAAGAGUGAAGUUACAUAUACCGCACUUCUCAAGCUUGCAGUUUUGCAGAAAAACUUGCCUGCAGUCCAUAUAAUUUGGCGGGAGUAUAGUAAGCUUUAUAGUAUGAGUAUCAUUGCUCUGCGUAAAUUCAUUUGGUCAUUUACAAGGUUGGGGGAUCUAAAAUCUGCGAAUAGAACACUAGAACAGUUGGUGGCAUUAGCCUCGAGGGGAAACAUUUCUAUUGCUAGAACAGUUUAUGGGAAGUUGUAUUCUACUAGAUUGGACAUCCCUGUUCCUGCAAAUGACGGGCUAGGCUCAACCAUAUUGGACCUGAGGAAGAGCAAACAACAUGACUCUUGUAUACUCUCUCCUAGUUUGUAUUUACCAGACACUAUUUCUGCAAGUAAGGAGUUGAAAUUUAUUUGUAUGGAUGAGAAAAAAGCUAAGAAUCCUGAAAUAAAUGGGCCGAAUGGACGAAAGCACUCACUGCUUAUGAAGGUUCUUAGGUGGUCUUUUAAUGAUAUAAUACAUGGGUGUGCAAAAGAAAAAAACUAUAUACUUGCUUGGAAGCUUAUAUUACAGAUGCAAAAUCUUGGUUUGCAGCCAUCCAGCCAUACAUAUGACGGCAUUAUUAGAGCAGUUGUUUCUCAAAGAAGUUUUGGGGAUGCCAUGAGAAUGUUAAAAAAAAUGCAGCAGGAGAAUAUGAAGCUAUACGAUUCAACUCUAGCUACACUUUCAGUUUCUUUGAGCAGAGAACUACAGUUAGACUUGGCCGAAUCUUUGCUGAAUCAGAUUUCUGAUUGCUUGUAUCCACAUCCUUAUAAUGCUUUGCUGGCAUCAUGUGAUGUACUGAAUCAACCUGAGCGGGCUGUGCGAGUGUUUGCAAAGAUGAGGAAAAUAAAACUUUUACCUGAUAUGAGAACAUAUGAGCUUCUGUUUUCAUUAUUUGGUAUUGUUAAUGCCCCAUACGAAGACAGUAAUAUGUUGUCACAAGUGGAUGCUGCCAAAAGAAUAAAUGCUAUAGAAAGGGAUAUGGCAAAUAAUGGCUUUCUGCAUAGUCAUCGUUCAUUGAAAAAUUUAUUGAAAUCCCUUGGAGAAGAGGGGAUGAUAAGAAAGCUGAUCCAAUAUUUGCAUGUGGCAGAAAAUCUUUUCAUAUACAGUAAUCCUUCAUUGGGAACAGAUAUCUACAACAUAGUGUUGCAUUAUCUUGUUGAAGCCCAAGAAAGCCACAUGGCAAUUCAAAUUUUCAAGAAGAUGAAGUUGUGUGGCUGCCACCCUGAUUCCACUACAUACAAUAUAAUGGUCGACUGUUGUAGCGUCAUAAGAAGUUAUAGAUCUGCUUCUUUGUUGAUUUCAAUGAUGAUACGGGAAGGGUUUUGUCCAGUGGCUUGUACAUAUACUGCUCUCAUUAAGAUUUUGUUGGAAGAUGAGAAUUUUAAUGAAGCCCUGAAUGUUCUGGAAAGAAUCAAAUUGGAUGGCAUUCAACUUGAUGUACUGCUGUUUAACACAUUUCUCCGUCAAGCAUGUUACAAGGGAAGGAUCGAUGUAAUUGAGUUUAUUGUGGAGUUCAUGCACCAAGAAAAAGUUCAGCCUGAUCCAACAACAUGUGAAUAUGUCUUCUCUGCAUAUGUAAACUCAAGUUUUCACAAUACAGCAAUAGAAGCAUUGCAGGUUUUAAGUUUGCGUAUGAUGUCUGAAGAUGGCAACAUACUCAAAGAGAGGAAAAAUUUUGUGGAUGAAUUCAUCCUUGAUGAGGAUUUGGCUUCUGAGUCACACAUAUUUAAAUUAUUUGAAGAUUCAGAAGAUGAAGUUGCAAUAGGGUUGUUGAAUUUAAGAUGGUGUGCCAUAGUUGGGUUUCCAAUAUGUGAGUCAGCUGACCAGAGUCUAUGGGCUAAAAGACUUGAGUCACGAUUCCUAAAUAGGCUAGCGUCUGGUUCUAGAAGAGGAGAGCAAUUGUGACUUGUGAGCCUCGAGUCUUAUGGAGAUGCCAAACAGGUUAUGUCAUCAAGGGUUAGGUUUUUCUCCGGGAAGUCUUCAUGAAAUGGUUGGGGGUGUUUUCCCGGUUUUCACUAUUGGGAAAACGCAUUAUGCAGACACAAUAUCAUGUCAGCUAUUCAUUUCUCCAGCUCUGCUCAAGAGUUAAAUUUACAAAAAGGAAAAUGCUUAUGGUUAAGAGAGAAGUUUAACAGGAAACACAAUAAUCUUAGGUGGUGUGUAACACUUACAAAUAAUAACCACUAAUUAUCCCUUCUAUGUUGGCUAGAACAAGGUUGGUCAAAUGUCCAAUUUUUUUGUAACAAAUAUAGACCUAGGACAUGUUUUGAUCAUUGUGGAAGUUUAUUUAGCCCAAAUUUGAGCCAUUUGCACGAGUUUGGGUCAACCUGAUAUUCGACCAACUAGAACUAAUUUAUUGUAAAAUAUAAAUCAGAUUGAUACUGAUUAAUUCAAUAUGUUUAUUCCAAUUAAUUUUUUUUUU